AUGGCAGACUCGUCCACUCUCUCUAGCACGCCUCUCGGCUCGUCGCGAUCAGGCGGACGACACCUCAAGCGCCUCUCGCUCGGCUCCUCCCUCUCUCCCUCGCUCUCGUCGGCAUCGCCUUCGUCUGCACACUCGCCAGCGACGAGUCCAUCACUCGCGAGAUCCAUCGGGAGGAGCGGCGGGUCAAGCGAUGCGCGGGCAUUGCGAGCAGGGACAGCGGGAGGGUCGUUGUUCGGCAACGGUGACGGGAACUACGUCUCUUCGCCGUCUUCGACCUCUGCACUCGGGUCGUCGUCCGACACAAACGAAGCAGACUCUUACCGCGCCGACUCCCCAACCCUCCUACGUCGGUCGACUUCCCUCCGCCGCUCAACAUCCCCUCUUCCUCCCGCCGAAUCAAACUCCGGCUCGACUACGCCCGUCCGACGAACACCUUCAAUUGGCCACGGCCGACGAGGAGCGAGUAUCUCGUACACGACGAGCGCGUCAGCGGACAUGGUCUCGCCCGAAUCGUCGCGCCUCGUUCCGCCCUCGCAGAAUAUUGGCGCAGAGGCGAGCUCAUCCCUCCCGCGACGAUCGUUCGACUCCACCUCUCCUCUCCCGGGUGUGCAAGAGGAAGAUGACCUCGAGCCGGCUGGAUCACUACACCGCGCGUCCAUCUCCUCGUCUACGACUGCCUCCUCACACGCGGACGAUCUAUCGACUUCUCCUAAACUCACUCGAAGCGCUGCGACGACGCCCAGUGCGGGUACAAGUGCGGGCGGAGGAGGGAUGUUGACGCAGGCGACGCUCGUCGAGCAGAAUGCGGACUUGCUCAGCUUCAUUGCCAAGAAGGAGCGGAAGUGUCUCGAUUUGCGUGAAGAACUCAAGCGGCACGAGUCCGAACUCGCAUUGCUCAAGAAGAAGUGGGAGUCUAUUGUCGCCCGCUCGCUACAGCAACAAGCCUACACCUCCUCCUCCAGCACUUCCUCCGCCCACCGCGCCCACCCCUCCAUCUCCUCCUCCGGCUCGCCGAACACCUCCCCAACUCCCCGACCUCACUCGAGCCUCCCACCAACACACUCACUCGACCUCUCCCUCCUCUCUUCCACAUUCGACGCACCGCCCGACGGCGAAGGAGAGUCUAACACGCCGAUCGAGAUUCCGGAGAGUGUGAAGGCUGCGGGGACCUGGAUUGGUGGGGCGCUGGGGAGGGUGUUGGAGGUUGCAGUGGGUAUGCCGACGGGUAUGGACGGGAUAAACGGGCAUGCGCAGGGGCAGCAGGAGGCGAGAGGAUUGGGCAUCGUCAGAGAGGAGGAGGAAGAGGAGGGGGAAGAAGGGGAGAAGGGAGAGCGGCGGGACCGCCCUUCAAUGGACGGCUCGGCGGCAGCGUCAACUUCGCAGACGCAGACGAGGGAUGCCGAGACGAUCUCGUCGCAUGCUCGUCUUGUGCCGCCUCGAACAUCCUCCUCGCCCACCCUCUCACGCUCCUCCCGCCUUUUCUCCGCCCCGCCCUCCACCUCCUCUCCCUCUACCUCACCGACCCACGCACGCACCCGCUCUUCUCUCUCCCUCCUUUCCUCCUCGCUCUCUUCAAAGUGGGCACAACUCUCCUCGUCCGAAGUCGUGCAGAACUCAAAGCGAGCGACGAUGGGUUUGGUUGAUACUUUCGAACAGGGCUUGGCGCAGGCACUUGGACCGUUGGAGUUGCCGCCUAUCGAGGGGGAGGGGCGGGACGAGCGGCGGUCGACGAAGGAGGAUGCGCCGAGCCCUUUCCUCAGUGACGACUCGGCGGGUGAGAAAGCGUCGUCAACGCGACAGCGGUCGGCAUCUUCGCGUUCGCCAAAUCUGCAGCAGCGCUCCACUGGCCAAUCUCUGCCUAACUUCGGCGCCGUCCCAGGUCAGGGCCUCUCCAGCAUGUUCGCCUCGCUCUCCUCCGCCGUCUCCUCCUCGCAUGCCAUCUCCCCUCCCCCUCCAGCUUCGUCGAACCCCGACAAGACACCUACUGCCAGCACCUUCGCUGACGCGUCGUCCGCCUCGACUGGGCAAGGGCAAGCCGGAUGGGACUGGAGCGCGUUCCUACCUGCAAGUUCGUCGAUGGAGGGAGUGGCUGAGCAGGCCGGACAUCUUGCGGGUAACGGGAAGGAGCGAACGCCUGAAGAUGGGCGGAGAUCGGAGAAAGGGAAGGCGAGCGAGACGGAGAAGGCGAGGGAGGAGGCGGAGGACGACUGGCCUGGGUGGUGA